AAGUCGGAGCUGGAGCCCCAGCUGCAGCCGCCAUGCGCCGUUCGGGGCUCUCCUGCUGCGUGCUCCUGCUAGUCCUGGGGCUCUGCCGGGCGCGCCCCCGGAACGUGCUGCUGCUCCUCGCGGAUGACGGAGGCUUUGAGAGUGGUGCAUACAACAACAGCGCCAUUGCCACCCCACACCUGGAUGCCUUGGCCCGCCGCAGCCUCCUCUUCCGCAAUGCCUUCACCUCCGUCAGCAGCUGUUCCCCCAGCCGUGCCAGCCUCCUCACCGGCCUGCCCCAGCACCAGAACGGAAUGUACGGGCUGCACCAGGACGUGCACCACUUCAACUCCUUCGACAAGGUGCGGAGCCUGCCGCAGCUGCUCAGUCAGGCCGGCAUUCGCACAGGCAUCAUUGGGAAGAAGCACGUGGGGCCAGAGACAGUGUACCCAUUUGACUUUGCGUACACGGAGGAAAAUGGCUCCGUUCUCCAGGUAGGACGGAAUAUCACCAGAAUUAAGCUGCUUGUUCAGAAAUUCCUGCAGACUCAGGAUGACAGGCCUUUCUUCCUCUACGUGGCUUUCCAUGACCCUCACCGCUGUGGACACUCCCAGCCCCAGUACGGGGCCUUCUGUGAGAAAUUUGGCAAUGGGGAGAGCGGCAUGGGGCGCAUUCCAGACUGGACCCCCCAGACCUACGACCCACAGGAUGUCGUGGUGCCUUACUUCGUCCCUGACACCCCAGCAGCCCGAGCUGACCUGGCCGCUCAGUACACCACCAUCAGCCGGAUGGACCAAGGGAUUGGACUUGUGCUCCAGGAGCUGCAUGGAGCAGGUGUCCUGAACGACACCCUGGUGAUCUUCACGUCCGACAAUGGGAUCCCCUUCCCCAGUGGCAGGACCAACUUAUACUGGCCGGGGACUGCCGAGCCCUUGCUGGUGUCAUCCCCAGAGCACCCAAAACGCUGGGGCCAAGUCAGUGAGGCCUACGUGAGCCUCCUAGACCUCACGCCCACCAUUUUGGAUUGGUUCUCCAUCCCAUACCCCAGCUACACCAUCUUUGGCUCGAAGACCGUCCGGCUCACAGGCCGGUCUCUCCUGCCAGCGCUGGAGGCCGAGCCUCUCUGGGACACCGUCUUCGGCAGCCAGAGCCACCACGAGGUCACCAUGUCCUACCCCAUGCGCUCCGUGCACCACCAGAACUUCCGCCUCGUGCACAACCUCAACUUCAAGAUGCCGUUUCCCAUCGACCAGGACUUCUACAUCUCACCCACCUUCCAGGACCUCCUGAAUCGCACCACAACUGGCAGGCCCACGGGCUGGUACAAGGACCUCCGGCUCUACUACUACCGGGAGCGCUGGGAGCUCUACGACCAGAGCUGGGACCCCCAUGAGACCCGGAACCUGGCCACCGACCCGCGCUUUGCCACGAUUCUGGAGACGCUUCGGGCCCAGCUGGCCAAGUGGCAGUGGGAGACCCAUGACCCCUGGGUGUGCGCCCCUGAUGGCGUCUUGGAGGAGAAGCUCUCUCCCCAGUGCUGGCCCCUUCACAACGAUCUGUGACAGCCCCUGGAGGCGCCUGUCUUCCCAUCCUGGACAUGCCCCAUCACUUUCACAGCUGUCUUGGGCUGCCUUCUCAGCUGGCAGUGGAGGAAGGGAGCCACCCUAGGGAACAGUGAUGGCAGCCUUUCCCUCUACACUCCCUUCUUUUUUUUUUUUUGAGUUGGAGUCUCUGUCACCCAGACUGGAGUG